AUGGCGAUUAAUUGCAAAGAUUUGCCUGAAGAAUGCUGGGAACUGAUAUUCAAUCGUCUCCAUCACCAAUCCGAUGUGGAAUCAUUUUCUUCUGUGUCCAAGCAAUUCCUUGCUCUCACCAAUCGUCUACGCCUCCACUUGUCUGUAAUUGACUCCACUCUUCUCAUCCACGGUACAAUUGCUAAACUCAUUCGCCGUUUUCCGAAUCUUAAAUCGAUUGAUCUCAGUAAUUUUCGCGGUGAACUUGAUCAUGUUCUUGUUGAUCUUGCCAAAUCUGUCUCCUAUACAUCCAAUCUUGAACAACUUGAUAUCUCUAAUCAGAAACAGUUACCCGUCAAGGGUUUGAAGGAAUUAGGGCGUAAAUUGAAGGGUUUGAGGGUUUUGAAGUGUAGCGAUCUCGCUCUUUUACGUGAUCCUGAUUUGUGUGCUAUAGCACAGUCGUUUCCAUUUUUGGAAGAGCUUGAUAUUAGCUAUCCAAGGACGAAAUAUGAUUUCAGUUUGAUGAACAGAAUCAACGGUGAUUUGAUCGUGACUGAUUCUGGGAUUGGGGGUUUAUCGGUUAAUCUGACCAAUUUGCGUAAAAUCAAUGUUUCUGGGAAUCAUUUUAUUACUGAUAAUUCGCUUGUUGCUUUGUCUAUGAAUUGCUUAAAUUUACAAGGCAUUGAGUUGGAGCAUUGCACUUUGAUAACUGUAAAUGGGAUCCUCUCUAUGCUACGUACUUGUGCUGCUUUGAAUUGGAUUUCAGUGUCUGAGAUUCACAUUCCUCGAUCAAGUCCUGGUUUUGAAUGUUUGGCUGCUUGCAGCCGAACUUUACAGACACUCGAUGUUUCCAGCUCAACUAUUUCGGAUGAAUUUCUCUUCUUGGUGGCCAAGGCUUCUCUCCCUCUAUCUAGGCUUUCACUUUGUGAGUGUACAAAUUUCACGUUAUCUGGUAUCUCUUCACUUCUGUGCGCGUACCGAUCACUAAAGUUCUUAUCUUUGGUUCAAGUAGUUUUCUUGACUGAUGAGACUAUGAAAGAUUUAUCCCAAUAUCUACAAAGUCUUGUUACCAUUAACCUCAGAGAAUGCCUGAAAUUGACCAUUUCUACUUUCUUUACGCUUGCAAGAAAUUGUCCUUCACUAGAAACCGUUAAAAUGGAAAAUACUUGUUUGGGAAUGACGGAUUCAUUUCAUAAUGGUGUGAAGAACACAAGGAUCAGGGCUGUUGUUUUGGCAAAUAACUUGUUCCUGGAUGAUGAUUCUCUCGCAAAAGUUGCUUUAGUGUGCCCCAACUUGGAGAUGCUUGAUGUGUCCUCGUGUAGAAAUCUUACAGAGGCAGGUAUUGCUUCUGUUCUAGAGGUGUGCAAUCAGAUGAGGGAUUUGCGACUUGAUCGCUGUUCAAUGAUUACACAUAUCGGACAAGGCACUGAAUUGCCUAAUCUUGAGGUAAUCAGUGCAGUUGGUUCAUCGUUAAGUGACGAAGGCCUGGCUAUUAUUGGGAGCAGAUGUUCUCGCCUAUUGAAGUUAAACUUGGAGAACUGCAAAGGAGUGACAGCAGAUGGCAUACAUGCAUUGGUGAAAAAUUGUAAAUCAUUGCGAGAGAUAAACUUGAAGAAUUGUCCUCAAGUUAGUAUCAGUUCUCUAAAUAGUAUGGUAUUCUCGUCAUCAUCACUAAGGAGAGUUAUUCCGCCUUGUUGCUCUGCUUUUAGUGAUAGCUUGAGGGGAUUUUACAUGCACCACGGAUGUCUAGUGUCCUCAGGCUAG